GCUGGUUCAGUGACAGUGAUUGGCGUGGGAGGUGACGGCUAGGCCUGGGGCCUGGGAAUGUUUGUGUGAAGAGCAGCGGGGCACAGGGUUGACGACAGUAACAUGGAGAACGGGACGACAACCAUCAGCGACCUGUUCCUUGCUCUGUACGAGAUGGGCUUUGAGGAGAGGCAGGUGCAGGCUGCUCUCCAGGCUGGAAUCCUCAAUGUUCAGGAAGCUGCUGAGUGGUUGCUCCAAGGGGGAGACCGCACCAAGCGACUGCAGGAGUCAGGGGUCUCAGCAGCUGGGGCAAUGUCGGCGUUUAAUCCCCCACUCGUCCAGGGAGUGCACAGCAGUGCAGUCAGCCAGAGAGGCAACACAUCCAGCAGUGGGAAACCCCAGCAAGCGUUGUCCCUCUCCAGGAGAAACCACAACCUGAAGGAGUUCGAGGAGCAGCAGAGGGAGCGUGAUGCUCAACAAAUCAAAGCCGAGAGGCGAAAGAAACAGAAGGACCACGAAUUGGCAUUGAAGAGAAUAGCCGAUGAUCGUGAAAAUCUGAAAGCAAAAUCACUACCAACCUGCCAGCCUGAUCCUCCUCAGCAGGGCCAGAGGUUAGGUGGCAAACUUCACACAGCAGUAGGAAAACAUUGCAUACUUAUGAUCAGGCUUCCAUCGGGAGACUCCCUGCGGGAGAGAUUCCAGGAGGAAGACACAUUGCAGAGUGUGAAGGAGUACAUAACACAGCGGUGCCCUGAGCUUCAGUCCAUCUCCCUCCUCCAGGGCUUUCCCAAGAGACAUUUCACAGGCUCCGAGCUGGGCAGCACAUUGGCAGACUUGGGGCUGAGUCCCACUGCCACUCUGUGCGUGCGGAAUGAGCAGUGCACGGCCACUGGUUCCCCAGACCUGCCGCCAGGCGCCUACACCCUGAGGACGACCAGUGAUACCAGUGGGGAUGUUGCUGUGCAGAGCGCCAUACCAGAGCGGCAGGUGGGAGUGUCUGAAUCCCAGCACCACUUGCAAUCGUGGCCCUCCCCUCACCGUGCCUGGGGGCGAGGGGAGGCUCUGGGUCACCGGGUAAUUGACAAUUUACCUCCCUCUAACGCGGAGCAAUCUCCAGCUGUCCCAGGAUGCAGGACCCAGCCAGAUGUGAGAGAGGCCAGGAUGCCAGGACUAAUGGAACCUCCUUCAAGAUUGAGGUCAACACACAGUUGGGGGCGGGGACAGAGGUUGGCAGCAGCUGGGAACAGCAGCCGCCCCAAUGAAGAGGAGCCCAAUGGGGAUAUCGAGGAAGUGGAGGCAGAGAAUCUCAUCCCACAGCAUCUGCUGAUCCCUCCUGCCUUUGACCCAGAAAUGAUCUUUCGCCAAAACGGAAACAGAAUCAGAAGUGGCUUUGAACCUCGGUAUCAGUGGCCCAAUCAGGGUAACCGUCUUAGGGAGGAGCUGGCAGUUCAGGAGAGUCGGAAGCAGCAGGAUCUGCCCAGUGUCUUGGCUCAGGCAGCCUUGGAUCGCCUAAACAAAGCAGCAGAGAGCCAGCCUUGCCACUCGCCAUUGUCCUCACAGAAGAAGCUGUGUCGAAUCACGCCAGUGCCCUCGCUGUUCAAUCUGGCGACUGGUAGUGCAGUAGUGCUGAUGGCAGCGCCCAGUAUGCAGUACAGUCGGAGCUUGGCUCGUCUCACCCCUGAGCUAGCAGAACAUCUUCUCCUCUACAUGAUCAAUGAGCGUCUCCUGCGGCCCAAGUCCUUUGAGAUCUUCUUCGGCUGUCAGAUUCAGAAGCUGGUGCUCGACUGCUACCCGUACGCCACCAAUGAGCUCCUGAGGCAACUGCGAGCAUUCCACUCCCUCAAGCACCUCAGCCUUGCGUCCUGCUCUCUAAUCACAGAUUCCAGUUUGGAGGUGUUGACUUGUUUGCAGAAGUUGCAGCACUUAAACCUGGCAGCGUGUGUGAAACUCACCGACAACUGUCUGUGCAGCAUUAAAGGUCUCAGUUGCCUUUCUCACCUGAUCCUGGACCAAACCAAAGUAAGCGAUGUGGGCAUGAUGGAUUACUUGGCCUGUGCUCCUGCGUCACUCGUUCACCUCAGUCUGAAUCAGACGGGCAUCAGUGAUGGGAUGUUGGCGGUGUUACCUUCAUCUGUUCCACAGCUUCGCCUCUUCAGCAUCAAACACACCAAGGUGUGCGAUGUUUCAGCCCUGAAGGAUCUCCCAUCUCUUCAGACCCUGCACCUGGACAACACGAGUAUCACUGAGGGUUCGCUCCGGGCACUGGGUUCCCAUUCCACACUGUCCUCACUCAGUGUGUCUGGCCUGCAGUCUCCCAGUGGAGAUGUCACACUGCAGAUGAUAUCUGGUCUUAAGUUGACUCACCUGAAGCUCCCAGACAGACACUCAGUCAGUGACUCUGGUCUCUGCUUCCUGUCUCUCUUGGAACGACUGCUGGAGCUUGACCUCACCGAUUACACACACAUCACGGAUGAAGGUGUCCGCCACCUUGCCCGGCUGCUGAGGUUGACCAAGCUGUCCCUGAGUAACACCCUGCUGACGGACGCUGGGUUGGUUCACCUGCAGCCUCUGAAGUACCUGGAGGAGCUCUGCCUCGACCGCACCAGUGUCGGCAGCAGGGCGGUGGCCCAGUGCAUCAGGACCCUGCCCCAUUUACAGGUGUUGAGCUUGGCAUCGACCGGUGUCGGGGACACGGUGGUGACACAGGGGCUGCUGCACUGUGUGCAACUGCUGAAGGUGAACUUAAGCCGGACUCGCAUCACAGACAGAGGCCUGAAGUACCUGAGCCAUACCAAGGUGGUCCAAGUGAACCUCGACGGAACAGGAGUGACGCUGCCUGGUAUCAGCGCACUGAUGGCAAACUGCCCCGGAAUCACCAGCAUCCGUGCCAACAACCUGCGCGCUCUCCCUCCGGACCAGGCCUCGGAUGAGGAGAUGGUGGCUGAGGACUGAUGAGUAGCCUGCAGUGAAAGAAGGAUGGUGUGUGUAUCCAACUAGGGCCACACCUGACCUGGUAGUGAGUGUCGGGGCUGUGCAGAGGGAGCUCUACUCUUAUCUAACCUAUGCUGUCCUUGCCAUGGCAGUGGCGAGGGAGCAUUACCCUGCAUUUUGUGUUCUUGGGAAAUGCACAGGGAGCAUUAUGCUGUCCCCGCCCUGGGAGUGUGUGACGGGACGGUGCGGACGGAGCUUCACCCUGUGUCUGACCCCGGGAGUGUGUGACGGGACGGUGCGGACGGAGCUUCACCCUGUGUCUGACCCUGGGAGUGUGUGACGGGACGGUGCGGACGGAGCUUCACCCUGUGUCUGACCCCAGAGUGUGUGACCAGACAGAGUACAGGGAGCUUCACCCUGUGUCUGACCCCAGAGUGUGUGACCGGACAGAGUACAGGGAGCUUCACCCUGUGUCUGACCCUGGGAGUGUGUGAUGGGACGGUGUGGAGGGAGCUUCACCCUGUGUCUGACCCUGGGAGUGUGUGAUGGGACGGUGUGGAGGGAGCUUCACCUUGUGUCUGACCCUGGGAGUGUGUGACGGGACGGUGCGGACGGAGCUUCACCCUGUGUCUGACCCCAGAGUGUGUGACCAGACAGAGUACAGGGAGCUUCACCCUGUGUCUGACCCCAGAGUGUGUGACCGGACAGAGUACAGGGAGCUUCACCCUGUGUCUGACCCUGGGAGUGUGUGAUGGGACGGUGUGGAGGGAGCUUCACCCUGUGUCUGACCCUGGGAGUGUGUGAUGGGACGGUGUGGAGGGAGCUUCACCUUGUGUCUGACCCUGGGAGUGUGUGACGGGACAGUGUGGAGGGAGCUUCACCCUGUGUCUGACCCUGGGUGUGUGUGACGGGACGGUGUGGAGGGAGCUUCACCCUGUGUCUGACCCGGGAGUGUGUGACGGGAUGGUGCGGAGGGAGCUUCACUCUGUGUCUGACCCUGGGUGUGUGUGACAGGACGGUGUGGAGGGAGCUUCAUUGUGUCAAACUCUUACUGUCCCUCUUUCCCCAGUUGCAAAUGUCCUGGUCGCUGGGUUUGAAUUGUGGGGAAGGUUUUAGAGGAAUAAUUCCUGCAACAUCCCCACAAUGGGCAGCCCCUGCAAACCCACUCACACUGCGGGAUGCAGUGGUUCACCGGUUACAUCGAUCGGUCUCAAACUUUGAACACGUUAGCUCGUACAGGGACAGUAACUGAAAGGUUCAGGCUGAUGGGAGCUGCUGUGAUCGAUGGUAUCUGAUCCAUGAGCAAUGAGACUCUGGAACAGCCAUGCAUCGAGCAUUGCUUUCCUUUCCUUUGGGUGGGGUUCAGCUAUGGUAUGCAUCCUGCUGCACCCCUCUCUCACCACCCGUCCCGGUAUCCUGCAACUCCCCCUAUCGCCUCUCUCCUGGUGUCCUUGCAGCUGUGUUUGGACUGUACUAAUCCACUGAUGUUUCAUGAGUGAACCACCCUCUUCACUGGCCCUUCACUACGUGUCUCCAGUUAUUUUCUGCAAAGUGCUUUAAGGUAGAAAUGACUGCUGUAAUCAAGGAAAUGGGUCAACUAAUUAUUGUCCAAUGUGUAAAUAAACACUGAUGUUUGUGAGA